AUGUGUUGUCUGCCUGCUUGUGCGAUUUUGGCUUUACUCUGCCUGGCGUCACCGGUCCACAGCACCAGCGGCCUGCAGGCCGGCCUGAGGCACCGGCAGGGCAACUUCGCCAUGGCCUUGUACCGUGCCGUGUCUGAGGGCCGCGUCGACACCAACCUGGUGGUGUCGCCGUCCGGCGUGGCGGCCGCCCUGGGCCUCCUGCAACUGGGUGCCCGGGGCAACACCAGAGCUCAGCUGGAAGCCGGCCUUGGCUACGACGUCAACGAUGCUCACGUUCGAGAGCUCCUGCAGCAGUGGCAAGGCGAGGUGAACAGCAGCAGCAAUCCAAUGGCGUCAAAGGAGGCGUGGCUACAGCAGACGUGCGUCCUGUUGGUGCAAAGCAGCAUUAAACUAGCUGCCCGAUUUGAACAUAAUGUUGAAACCUGGCCUGACGUCAGUGUGAUGAGAGAUCACCAGCAGCAGAACGACUCGCACAGAGAUGAGGCAUGGCUCCCACUACAGGCAGGAAGCAGUAGCGGAGAUUUAUCUGGGUCUGGUGAAGUUCAACAGGCUGAAGCCUCAACAUCGUUGACGUCACUAUCGACAUCGUCAACAUUAUGGCCAUCCGGCCAGCAGAUGGCACUGUUGAGUAGAGUUGCAUUCAAGGGCACUUGGCAAAAACAGUUUCACACUGUCAACACGCACAACCUCCAGUUUCUGCUCUUGGACGGCACCACAGUCAAAGUGCCCAUGAUGCAUCAGUCUGCUGAGGUCUACUUUGGUCAGUUCCUAACACCGUUUAACCAAAGGUACUCGGUCCUGGAUCUUCCCUACUCUGGAAUGUCCCUGAGCCUCCAAGUGGUCCUCCCUGUGGACCGCAAGAGCCCACUGUCUUCUCUGGAGGCUCAGCUGAGCUUUCGCCACGUGGCCUCCUGGCAGGCCGGUCUACGCAGGACCAAGAUGGACGUCUUCCUACCCAGGUUCAAAAUGCAGAAAAAGUUGAACUUGAAGUCCACACUUCCUGCCAUGGGAAUCGCAGACGCCUUCAACCCGUCGAACGCUGACUUUUCUGGGAUUUCAGCCGAGGACUCGCUCUACAUAUCAGACGCCUUCCAUGACGUUGCCAUCGAAGUCACGGAGGAAGGGACCAAGGCGGCUGCCUCCACAGCCAUGGUGUUACUGAAGCGUUCCCGCUCUGCCGUCUUCAAGGCAGACCGGCCGUUCCUGUUCCUGCUGAGACACGUUAAAACAGGAUCCAUUUUGUUCAUGGGCAGAGUGACGAACCCUGCCGACCAGUUGUUUUGAGAUAUUUUUAAUGUGACGUGCACACAGUAUUUAUUUUGCAGGCAUUUCCGGAAAGAGACAAUAUUUUUGUA